GGGGGGGGAGGGGAACACACCCUGAUUCUCUUUGUUUCUGAGCCCUGCUGCCCCUGACACAGGGCCUUGCCACCAGUCUGGCCUUUGGGUGGUUUCCCAGCCCAGACCUGCAGGCACCUGUCCUUGCAUAUGCUGGCCAGCACCAUGCCACAGCCUGAAAGAGCUGGCUAAGGUGCGCAGGCACUGGCCUGGGACACCACAGCCUGGGCCAGGGGGAUGGUAGCCCGGCCCAGCAGGAACAUUCUAGGCUGCACCCUGGGGUUACCCCUCAGCCACAGUCGCAUGGUGAGCGGAUACUAACUCCAGCUGCCAGGCCAAUGCCUGGGGGGUUGGGGAAGGGCAGGGGCUGGGUUUGGCAAUUGGCCCUGAAUACCGGACACCCUUGGCUUCGCCCUGGCCUGGCCUGGCUGGUGCCAUUCCGGGAGGGGCUGGCAAUCCUGCCUGGACAAUGGAUGUUUGGCUGGGGGAAUCGGGGUGCUCUGGGCUGCCCAGCCCACGCCCCUGCAGAUGCCAGCCUGCCCUCUACCCCUGGGAUCAUUGGGGCCCCAGCCACCUUGGGAGCUCCAUGGGGCAGCUGGUGACUGGCUGGAGAGGCCCAGACGCUCCCAAGGGCAAUGCCCAAGCAGGGGCACGGAGCAGCCUGUGGGUUGGGGGCUCAGACCUGUACAGUGGCUCACCCAGGCCCUCGGUGCCAGUGCCCCCAUGCCCUUGUCUGCAGACGCCAGGCUGGCCGUGCUGGGCAUGACACUUGGCUGUCCUGCCCCAGGGACCCCGUGAGCCCUGCCAGGCUCUUCCAGGCAGGCUCGCACCGGGGAGGAAAGCGAAAGCUGAAACGCCGGCACGCAGCUGCAGCGCUGGGCGCGAACCCAGCACAGGUCAAGGUCCUGGGGCUCGGGUGCAGUCUUCCCACGGGACAGGGGCCAGUCAAGGGCUUUCCUGUCUCAGCCGGGACACAUCCUGGUGCCCCGCCCAGAGUCUCCAGGAGCUGGGCCUGCGAGGAGGUUAGUGAGGGGAUGCGUGGGGCCAGCCUGGCUCCCGGCAGCCGCACCCAGCAGAGCGGCCCCGGCCCCGGCCCCGGCCCCAGCCAUGGGCGAGUGGAGUUUCCUGAGCUCGCUGCUGGACGCCGUGCAGGAGCACUCGCCCAUGGUGGGCCGGUUCUGGCUGGUGGUGAUGCUGAUCUUCCGCAUCCUCAUCCUGGCCACGGUGGGCAGCGACAUCUUCGAGGACGAGCAGGAGGAGUUUGUCUGCAACACGCUGCAGCCGGGCUGCAAACAGGUCUGCUACGACAAGGCCUUCCCCAUCUCCCACUACCGCUUCUGGGUCUUCCACAUCGUGGUGCUCUCGGCGCCCGCCCUGCUCUUCGUCAUGUAUGCCAUGCACCAGAGCGGCAAGCUGCGGCAGGGCGAGGAGGGCGGCUCCGCGGGCCCGCCCCGGCUGCAGCCCAGCCAGCGCACCCACCACGUCCGCACCUUCUACCUGGUCAACGUGGCCAUGCGCAUCCUGGCUGAGAGCAGCUUCCUGGUGGGGCAGUGGCAGCUGUACGGGUUCCACGUGGAGCCGCACUUCACCUGCCAGCGCUCGCCCUGCCCCCACUACGUGGACUGCUUCGUGUCCCGGCCCACCGAGAAAACCAUCUUCAUCCUCUUCUACUUCGUGGUGGGCGUGGUCUCCACCCUGCUCAGCCUGGUGGAGCUGGCCCACCUGCUGGCCAAGGACAGGUGCCAGAGGACAGCGGCCAACAAGCCCCCGGCCGCCUCCUACGAGCAGCAGGAAAACUGGUCCAACCAGGCGCACGAGCAGUGCCAGCACUUCCUGCCCCCGGGCAACGGGGGCGCCAAGGUGGCAGCCUGCAGCGUCCCCAACCACUACGAGCCCUCAGCGCUGUUCCGGCCCCAAGCCCCCUCCAUGGGCAGCAAGGCCUCCCAGGCCGCGGCCAGGGCCGAUUUGGUGGUCUAGGGCUCACGCUACGGCCCAACUCCCAUCUGUGCCAGUCACCAGGCCCUCCGCUUAGCAGGGCCACCGCAGCAAAACCAGUGACCUGAGCGGGACGUUCUCAGCCUUGAGUGGCCAGGGCCCGCGGUCCGUACCAGCCCCAUACAGCCUGGCAGAGACCUGCCCUCCUGCCUUGGGCGCACAGUCCCUGAGACUAGGGCACAAAGCCCCUCAUGCCACAAGCGGGCAGAGAGCUGAACUGGGUCUUGCCCUGGCAGGAAAGGAGCUGGCCCGGCUACAAGGAGUGACAGCGCGGCCCAUGGGUUCGAGCAUUGGGCUGGCACAUGGGAGAGCUGGGGUCUCGUUCCAGCUGGUGUAGGCGACCAGACGAGGGGCAAUGAACUGACCCAGCCCCUCUGCCUGCUGCUCAUCCGGGGGACGAAACUGUUCCCGAAGACAGGAAGCUGGGCGGGGCGGGCAGGGAUAGGGGGCUCUAGGGCCAGGCGAAACGGCAUCGCCAAUUUUUAUACCUUUGUGUGAAUAAACAGAAGAAAACUUUUUAAUUAAGAAA